AUGUCUGGGACGUACAAGAAUUAUAUGAGAUUAUUAGAAUCGUGGCCUCUCGAUCCAACAAAAACUGGCAGAGAUUUGGGCCUGCACAUUCGAGACCAGAUAAAGAUUGCUUUCGCAAAGGGGGAGAGCUCUCAGGUUGACAAGGAGUUAUGCGAUAGGUAUUACGCCAGUUUAAAACGACUGGCAUCGAAUCAUUACGGCUCGCUCUAUAAGCGUACGUUAACUUCUACUGCUAGCGGUCUCACGGUGGAACAGUGCAAUUUAGCACUUUCUCCAGAACUUCAAGAAUUCUUUGCAGAAGAGGAAAGGAGUUACUUCAGUAAAGCAAGAAGGACGGUACAAUAUUAUUUAGAAAAAGAUAAAAAAGAUAAAGAUCAUAAAGAAUCGUGA